CUUGGACCAAAUUAGCAGGAAGCAGCUGGUUUGGUGUAGCCAAAGGCUGUGAGGUCUCACAUUGCUCCCAUGCUAGAGCUGCAGCUGGAUCAGGCUGUGGAAAAAGCAGAGAAACAGGAGGACCAGCGAGGUCAGGGUGCCGGGAAGCCUAGGCAGGGAUGUCCUGCUUUUUCUGCUUCAUCUUCAGGACUGUGAGUGAGAGGAGCAAGAAAGAAUGACUUCUCCAGGCUUAUUUUGGCUUUAGUUUUGUUUUUGAGUUGGUUUGCAGGUCACCAAGACUGCUGAAGAACUUGGGUUCUCCUGGCUUUGAGGGGGAAAACGAUCUUUGCCUUUGCGGGAUUAUUGCAGGAUAAUUCUGGAGGCCCAUCCCAAUGUUUGAGGGACAGCAUGCUAGCCAGGUCCUUCAGUGUGCUGUCUCCAUGGAGGCAAGGGAUGGAGAUCCAUGUGGCAGCACAGCCACAAGGGUUAUUGAUGUGUUUGAAACCAUGAAAGCCACUGAGAAUGGUCACGUAGAAACUGGAACUUCUCCAAAAAGAUGAUGGGAUUGAUCACCAACUGAAGUGCACCUGCACCAACACCCAUGGUCACCAAGAGGAGAAGAAUCUGGAAACUACUGUGCAUCAGGAAAGCAGUGACACGGUUGCCAGCACAGAGUCAUGUGGGAUGACUCAAACAAAUGGAUUGCUGCAAUGGAUGGGGAUAACUUUCCAUGAUUUACCAGCAGCCCUGGCUAACUGGGAGGUCCCAGCUGACUGGAAGUGAGCAGAUGUGACACACAGCUACAAGAAGGGCAGGAAGGAGGAUUUUGGGAACUACAGGGCUGUCAGUUGAGUGACAGGAGUGGAUCAUCCUAAGUCCCCUCACGCAGCACCAACAGGGCAGUCAGGAUCUGGAGCAGCCAGUGUGAGUUUGUGACGUGCAGGUCCUGCCUGACCAGCCUGAUCUCCUUCUGUGACAAGGUCACCUGUUUUGGCGGAUGAAGGAGGGGCUGUGGGUGUGUCUUUCUGGACUUUGGCAAGGCCACUUUUUCGUGGCAGGGGCUGAAGUCAUCGUUCCCGGAGGGAUUUAAAAGCCGUGUAGAAGUGGCACUUGGGGACACGGGUUAGUGAAGGCCUUGGCAGUGCUGGGUUAGCAGUUGGACUCAAUGGCCUUAGAGGGCUUUUCAAACCUAAACGAUUCCAUGAUUCUGUGAUUUUAUUAUCCCCUCAGAGGAUUAAUCCCACCACUAAUGCAGCUUUUCACUCGCAAAGCGCUUUAGAGGAAGUUGUGCCAGGAGAGUGCUUGGAGAGAGAAACUGAAAGUGCUGAGCAGGAGGCAGCUGCCCUCCUGAUUCCAGCCUCUCCUAUCCUGUGCAGUAGGAGUGGGUUUCCCAGCUUCUUGGUUUAUGGGAGUAUUUCAGGGAAAACACAAGAGCUCUGUGGCCGUGCAGUUUCCCAGGCUUGAAACCAGAGCAUUUCAGCUCCCCGAUCAAUCCAUUGAAAUCCAGGAGGAGCAGCCUGGCAGCAUCCCUGGUACCAAACCACAGUAGCUGUUCAAGCAGAUACGUUGGGUUUGUGUGGCUUGGCUGCGUUGCGGCGCCCGUGCAGCCUACCCAUGAGCUCAGACUUCCAGCAUUACAGUUUCAGGAUGCCGAACAUCGGGUUCCAGAACCUUCCUCUCAACAUAUACAUUGUGGUUUUUGGCACAGCCAUCUUCGUCUUCAUCCUCAGUUUGCUCUUCUGUUGCUACUUGAUCAGGCUCAGGCAUCAGGCACACAAAGAGCUUUACGCCUACAAACAGGUCAUACUCAAGGAGAAGGUGAAGGAGCUGAACCUCCAUGAGAUCUGUGCCGUGUGCCUGGAGGAGUUCAAGCCCAAGGACGAGCUGGGGAUCUGUCCCUGCAAACAUGCGUUCCACAGGAAGUGCCUCAUCAAGUGGCUGGAGGUGCGGAAGGUGUGUCCGCUGUGUAACAUGCCGGUGCUGCAGCUGGCGCAGCUGCACGGGCAGCCGGCCCCGGGCCCGCCGCAGGUUCCGCUGCCCGGCUCGCAGAACCUCGUGUAGCCCUUCCCUCGGACACAGCCAAAGCACUUCGGCCACGCAGCCCCGAAUCCCGCCGGGAUGAAGGCUCGGAUCCUCCGCCAGCGCCGGGAGGGGACUCGGCGUCCUCGGCACGACAUCCUUCUUCCAGCAGCUCCCUUCUCCAGCGCCGCGGUGGCACCCGGAGAGCAUCGCGGCCGCUUCCCGCUUCCCUCCUCCUCGCCUUCGGUUCUUCGCCUUUGCGGGGAAUGUGGUCUCGCCGCUGGAGUCGUGCUGCGGUCGGGUGUCCCCCCGGCACCUGUCCCCGCACCCAUCGAGGGUGGAUCCGCUCCUCCUCGGCUACCUCAGGGGCCCGGAGCCCCUGGAACAGGGGCACCAUCCCGGCCUCAGCAGCAGCGAGAGCCACGGCGCGGGGAGCAGGCAGAAAUCCCGGCCCGGGGGUCUCUGGGCAGCCUCUCCUUGCCAAAACACCCAAACCCGCAUCAGCGGCCCCUCAGACCACAGGUUUGGGUGUCCCUGUCACCCUCAGCAGUCGCAUUCCCAGCCUUGGGGACGGGGUGUCAGUAUUACACAGCAGUGGUUUCCCUGAGGGCAGGGCUGGGGGGUCCUGGUGCCGUCCCCCCCUCCCAAAAAACUCGGGACUGUUUAUGGAGCGUGGAGCCUCAUAGACGUGUUUGUACACUACAAAUUCUGCAGCAGAAUAUUUUUUAAAACAUUCGCUGGUUUUGUUUUUGGUUUUUGUUUUUUUUUUCCUCUGUUUGUUUGGUUUUUUUGUAAGCUCUAUUUUUGUAUAUUUAAUUGCUAUUUGAAAAUUCUAAUAAUGCAUCUUUUUUGCUAAUCACACUCUUCUUAAGGAAAAACCAGGAAAGAAAAAAAAAAAAAAAAAAACCAACCAAGAGUUUGCAUGUGAUUUGACUUGAAAUGUAAAUAAAAGCAGGUUUUGGAA